UGCCAUUUUAUCUGAGCGUUUUGAAUAAUAAAACAAACGGAUUUCUCUGAAAAUGGUGCGAUACGGCUUCUUAAAGAGUAGAGUGCAGAUUCACGUCGAUUCUCAGCUGGUAAUGUGAGCGGAAGCAUUGUGGCAGUGACGUUCGGCUGCAGCACCUGUGAGAGAUGGAGGAGCUGUACACUUUAGAGAGGGAGGUGGGACGAGGCAGCUACGGUGUGGUCUUUGAGGGCCAUGUGGCCAAAACAGGACAGAGGGUGGCGAUCAAGCGGCUGCCCUGCAAAAACCCAGAGUGCAUUGAACUCUACCUGCAGGAGCUGUGGGCCAUGAGAGCCACCGCCAAGAACCACGUCAAUGUCAUCGCACUCCACAGCUGCCUCCUGCAGACCGGCCCAAGGAGCCUGAAGCCCCUGAAACCAGGCAAACUGCCUCCACGGCUGGUUGAAAGCGUGCUGAAAGGCAGUGUAGUCAGAGCGCCACAAACUGAGGAGAGGAAUAACACCCAGCGGAGGACUAGCUCUGCCUCAAGACUUCAGGACAGGACCAACACUGUUCAGGCCAGGCCCAACCUUCAGGACAAGACCAAACCAAAUGCAUGUGAUUCUACAACACCACAAAGACCUCAGAACAGAGCCAGGAAGAGACCGGCCCACAGGGAGGCCGAGGAGUCGGGGCCCCUGCGCUGCUUGGCCCUGUGGCUGGUGAUGGAGUACUGUGACGGGGGCGACUUGAAUAACUACCUGCUCUCCAGGCCACCAGACUCCCAGCGUAACCACAGCGUGGUGCGACAGCUUUGCAACGCCGUGGCCUUCCUGCACAGCCUGGGUAUCACGCACCGAGACCUGAAGCCUGACAACGUGCUGGUCUGUGUGAAACCAGGUGGCCCUGUGAUCAAGGUGGCAGACUUUGGUCUGAGCAAGAUGAGCGGAGGCUCGGUGGACGGGGAUCUGACCCGGCAGCACUUCUCCUCCACCUGUGGCUCUGACUUCUACAUGGCUCCAGAGGUGUGGGGGGGGCUGACCUACACGGCCCAGGCAGACAUCUUCUCCCUGGGUGUGAUGUUCUGGGCUGUCCUGGAGAGAAUCACCUUUCUGGAAGAAGGGACUACGCAGGAGCAACUGGGUGCGUACGUGUCUAAGGGUCGCUCGGGCUGGCUGAUGCCGCUGGGGGAAGCUUUGUGGGAGAACGCCGACCUCCAGCUGUGCAUCCCGAUGAAGUUUAAGAGAGCGCCCCCGCUGCCACCCCCUCCCGGCCCAGCCAUGUGCACCCUGCUCUUAAACAUGCUCUCCUCAAACCCGGAUGCUCGGCCCCCGGCGGAGCAGCUGGAGGCCAGAGUGUGCUCCGCUCUGAAGGAGGACUCCCACUGAUAAAGUGCACUUAAGGGACCGUAAUGGCUAUAACCAGCACAGCCACUACACGGAAAUAUUGUAUUGACAGCCCCCCCAACUGCAGUGCUUCCUAGAUGUGUAAGAAAUAAGCACUUUGUUGCCACAGAAAAGUGGGCAUCACAAAUGUGUAUGAUUAUAAGGGAUUGUUUUGUUGUCACUGAGACAGAAGCUAAACUGUGUUCCCACAGAUUGGGAACAAAGAGGCCAGUUGAAGCCUGUCUGUACUGCAGACCAAACAUGUAAUAAUAUUCAGACUAAUACCAUAUAGAGAUCUACAGGGACGUGCUGAGGCUGCGUUUGAUGUAAGCACCAUGCUGUUAUUUGAAUGCUUGACAUGGAAAAUCAAUUUUAGUGUGUACAUAUGGCUGAACUGAAAUAGAAGGGAUUGCUGCUGCUGUUGCUGCUGCUUUCUGUCUGGGUCAGCACUGUUCUGCUCACUUGGGUGUUAAUUUUGACUUGAUUUGCCAACACUGAGCUUUUUACUCCUUAAGAAAUGUAGCUAACAUGUAAGUAUUUUGUGAUUUUUUUAUCUUUAUCUUGACUAAACCACACAUCUAUGUAGCAUUUUCACAGCAUGUCCACAUGUCUCGGAUUUGUGAAGUGAGUCAUUAAAAAAUAGCAUUCAUUGUACAUUCCAGUGCAGUAGUAAAGUAAAAAGACUUGGGCGAUAUCUAAUUCUUCAUACCUUCCUUAAAUUUCACCGGGGUAUAGGGUAUAUGAUGGUGCAAGUGUGCAGUGACGGCAAAUGCACUACUUAUAUCACUUCAGAGAAAUACAUAUAAUAAUAUAUAAUAAUUGGACUGUUUUUAUAUCGGCAUAUUGGAUAUUGGCCAAAAAAAAAAUCCAAUAAUGUGCAUCCCUAAUAAUAGGAACCAACAAAAUGUUAAGUUCAUCUUGGCUGUGGAGUCUUAAUUGCCACAUUAGCUCAUUAUAAAACACACUUCAUUCAAAUUUGACAGACACAAAAUAAAACUUGCCCAAACCAUCUUGGUUACUCUUGCUAGUUACCUACUGACUAAGUCCACUGUGCCAACAAUCACCAGCUCUGGUUUGGUUGAAAUAAAUCCUUAAUUCACCAAGUUAGCUGUAAAAACAUGCUGUUAUCCCUCACAGUCUCUUUGUCUGUUGGCUGCCGGCUGUUUACAGUCCUGUAUCUUCUCCCUCCACCACUAGGUGGCUACCUGUUCCACCAGUAGAGACCGGAGACCAAACUCUGGUGGUGUGUGCUGUUCACUGCAUACAAUACUGCCUGUAUUUAUAACAGUAUUGAAAAACAUGAAAAAUUCAAAAACGGACAGGCUCAUUCCUUAGUGGGUGCUGGAUCCAUGAUUAACAAGUGUAAAGAGACAGAGAUCCGCACACCAGGAAGCUCCCAUUAAAGGAUUUUAUUUUGCAGCCUUACUGGCUACUACUUGUUUUGCGCUAUUAAAAAACAUACAUUCUGUAUUUUUAAAUAUCCUGAUAUACCAUGAUACUGCCCAAGCCUAAUCUUAAUUGUUGCUGACACUGGCUACAUUUAAAUGCACACUAAUAUUCCACUAUUCUGAAUAUGACAGUAUUGUUAAUUUGUAGAUAUUCCAAAUUAGACUAAACUAAGCAUUUUCCGAUUAAGCCCGGUUGCCCAGUCAUUGCAUCUUGCCAAUGGAGAAAAUUAUCACGUUCACUUGGGUGUUGUUUUUCCCUAAAUGCUGCAAUCAAAGAUCGGGCGCUACAUACACGUAACUACUGCAGAGUCAUUUGACCCAGGCGUGAAUGCCGAGUAUAGUUUUUCCCACUGUAUUAAAAAGACAGAUGUGAGUGGUUGUUUUGUGCAUUGGAGAAAUGGCUGAAGAUUCAUUUUCAUCAGUCAUGUAAACAGCUUAGUAGCAAUACUGGGGGGGUGUCCGGUAUUGAGACUUGAAUACUGAAUACUUGACAAAAACUUGAAUAUUUCGUGCAUGUAAAUGUGAUCACUGUUUCUGCACCAGUUGUUGAUUCAAGGCUGUGGUAAUUUUAGAGGUCUCGGAUUGUGGCCUUCUAUUCCUAAUAGCACAUUAUGUGUAAAUAAGGUGGAAUACAGCCGAUACAGCUGUGCAAUGGGAUGGUUUCAACAUACAAAAAACAACUGUCUGUCAAAAAACACUGCUAACACUGCUUUUAAAACUCGAAGCUUUACAUGGAGUUUUAAAUACGACUUGAAAAUAUUACGGGUUUUUUAUAAACUGUCUCACUUUGAUUUUUUUUCCUCAUUUUGGUAGUGUGCAUGUAAUCAGUGAUGAUUUUGUUGCUUUCUUAAAGUAAAGAGGAUUUGGAAAGUUAA